CGGACACGCCGCCAUGGCCUCCGGACUAUCCGACAUAGAAAAAUCUUUGCUGAUCGGGAGAUGGCAGCUUCCAGAAUCGGCCGCAGACGACUCGCCUGUUACGACACUCGCCAAGAACGUUGUCGACGGCGCCUUUCGCCCCGCUCUCACCUCCCCUCUCGCCCAGGCCACCUUCAAGGCUCAGUCAGAAGACCUCUCCGAGGAGCCUCUGUCGGCGCUUGUCGAUUGGACACCACCGUCCGGGUUGAGCGAGCAAGACGCUGAAUGUGCUCGGCUCGCACUGGCCGUGGCCUGUGCGCGCGCUUUCGUCCAGCCCAACUGGACAGGGCCGGAUCUCGACGUAACACCCAAGGACAUUAUAGUUACGGACUCGUCAAAACCCAUCGACGAAGAGGCGCUGAACAGCAAAGCAGUCGCCGAGCUCGCAUCAGGCGGUGAACCCGCCUACCACCUCGCACAACACCCCCUGUUCCUCCGCCUCGCGCAAAUCCUCCUCAGCCGGCCCUUUGAACAUUGCCUUUCGGCGGCAUGGUGGAGACUGCGGGUCACGAUCAUCCACCAGCAGCUCCUCGACGAGCCUGUCGCCGUCUCGCCGGACCUGCUCUCGUCGCUGGAGCCGCUCUUCACGGCCGUCGCGGGCGAGCCCGAGCUCGAGGGCAGGUUGUUGCUGGAGCAGGGCGUCUUGGAGCAUAUAUAUGGUCAUGACAAGCUCGCGGCCGAUUUCUUCGUGCGCGCUGCCCGUGCCACGGGCUUGCGGUACGAGCUUACAGGUGCUCUGGGCAAGCGGACAAAGUUCCAGGUGGCGGAUCUGAGCCAGCUUGUUCUUCUCGCGGAAAGCACGCUAAAAGACAAAUCCGCGGAAGGAGAAGAAGAUGCGAAGAAAGACAAAGACGCGUCAACGGACUCAAAUUCAAAUUCUGGUGAUUCUGCUACUGCCACUACCGCUGUACCAGACCAGCAAAAUGGCGGAGGCCCGGUCAUCCCAGAGACGCUCGCGCUGAACGACGACACCCUCCUCGAAAAAACCGAGUUCACAUCCUCAGCGCCAAACAGCAGCGACAGCGCCGCCGGCGGGCCCUCGCCGCUCGCGCACCUCGACCCGGGCGCCCAGCCGGCGCUGCACCCGCUCGACCAGUGCAUCUUCCUCGCGAUGUGCCUCAACGUGCGCAACCAGUCGCCCUCGCACGGGCUCACGUCCGAGCAGAUGUCGCCGUACGUGCAGCGCGUGCUCGCGCACCCGCGCAACUGGUCCGUGCACACGAUGGCGCUGCUCCUGCGCGCGCGCCUCGAGAGCACGCGCACGCGCACGGUCGAGCGCGCGACGCUGCAGCUGCAGGCGCUCGUUGAGCAGAUGCCGAGCGCGGACGCGCCGCUCGGCGAGCGGCUGGGGUAUGUGCAUGAUAUUUCGCUGCCGAGCAGGUGGGAGAUGGAGCGCGAGCUUGCGGGAAGGUUUUUGUCGCUGGGCGUUGUCAAGUCCGCGCUGGAGAUUUUUGAGCGGCUCGAGAUGUGGGAGGAGGUGGUCAAGUGCUGGCAGGCGAUGGAGCGGCGGGACAAGGGCAUCGCGAUCGUCCGUGAUCUGCUCGAGGGGCGCAAGACGGAGGCGGAGCUGGUCACGGCGCGGGGGAAGACGCAGGUGUCGGCGGGGCGCAGGAGCAAGAUGGACGCGGCGCGGGAGGCACAGCUGUGGUGUCUCCUCGGGGAGCUCGAGCCGGACAACGCGGUCGCGCACUACGAGCACGCGUGGGCGCUGUCCAAGGGGACUUCGGGCCGUGCGAUGCGCUCGCUUGGCGGAUAUUAUUUCGCGAGGCAGGAGUACGCGAAGGCGGUCCCGUGUCUCGAGCGUGCGGUCAAGAUCAACCCUCUCCUCUCCCGCUCGUGGUUCACGCUCGGGUGCGCGUACAUACGGCUGGAAAAAUGGGAAGGCGGGAGAGACGCGUUCAGCCGCUGCGUCACGAUCGACGAUGAGGACGCCGAGAGCUGGAAUAACCUCGCGAGCAUGUACCUCCGCCUCGACGAGUCUGGGAAAAAGGCGGCGAUCGCCGAGGACGAAGAAGCGGCUGACUCUGAUGCCGAGAUCCCCGAUGCGGAUGCGGAUGCACCCAAGGCGGUCCCAUUUUCAAAUAAGACGCUCGCGUUCCAGGCGCUCAAGCGCGGGCUCAAAUACAAGUACGACUCGUGGCGGAUGUGGACCAACUACAUGGUCGUCGCGAUGGACGUCGGCGAGCUCGCCGAGGCGUGCCGCGCGCAGGGGCGCAUCGUCGAGCUCCGCGCUGCCAAGGACGGCGCCGCCUGCGUCGACGCGGACGUGCUCGAGCGCCUCGUCGACGCCGUUACGCGCGCGCCGCCCGACCCGGACGACGCGACCGAGGGCGGGGGCGCCGGCACCGACGCCGCGCGCAGAGCCGUGCGCAACCCGAACGAGGGACACGGUCUGCACCGCCGCGUCGCGGACCUGCUCGAGCGCACGAUCCUCCCGCGCGUGGCGUCGCCGCGCGUGUUCCGCGCGCACGCGCGGCUGCUGACGUGGCAGGCGCGCUGGGAGGACGCGGUGAAGGCGUAUCUGGACGCGUACCGCGGGGGCGCGGCGGGCGCGUUCGAGAGGGGCGAGACGGACGUGGGCCGGUGGCGCGAGGCGCUCGCGGAGGUGGAGGACGUUGUGGAUGUGCUCCGGAAUUUUGGCGCGCGGGUCGAGGGGUACAAGUGGUGGGUGCAGGCGCGGAGCAUCGUCCGGACGUUUAUGGGCCGGUCCAAGGACUUUGAGGACGAGCCGGAGUGGGUGCGGUUGACCGCGUUGCAGGAGGAUUUGCGUGAGGCGCAGGAUUAACCCGGGCCGUUGUGUGGAUGCAACGAUCAGGAUUAGCCGGGGCUACUGUUGUCGGUGGUGUUCGGACAUGAAAAGCUGGCGCGUGUGUAACACUGAUAUAUCAUGCUGGUGUAUAGAUCAUAAAAAAUGGGGCGAAUGAUGAAAUCGGAUUAAG